AUGACGGGCCUCUUCGGCAACAUCUCGUCAAACACAACCACCGCCGCCUCCAACACAACGGGCGAUAUCUCAAAGGAUGUUGCUCUGGUCGCACCGCCAGAGGAUAGUAUCUCGGAUCUCGCCUUCUCUACCCAGAGUGACCAUCUAGCCGUCGCGUCAUGGGACAAGAAGGUCCGCAUCUACGAGAUCAAUGACCAGGGCAUGAGUGAAGGGAAAGCCAUGUUCGAACAUCAAGCCCCAGUUCUCAAUUGCUGCUGGUCUCCGGAUGGCUCAAAAGUAAUUGGUGUCGGAGUAGACAAAGCAGCCCGCAUGCUUGACCUCCAGGGCAACCCUACAACCCCCGUCCAGGUUGCCGCCCACGAUGCGCCGAUUCGAAGCUGUUGCAUGAUACAAAAUCCGGGCAACUCAGCCCAACCGCUCCUUGUCACCGGUUCGUGGGAUAAAACUGUCAAGUACUGGGAUCUGAGGCAGUCGACCCCAAUUGGGACCCUGCAGUGUCAGGAAAGAGUCUACUCCAUGGAUGUCAGCAAAACCCUCCUAGUCGUUGCCACAGCCGACAGAUAUAUCAACAUCGUCGAUCUCAAUCAACCCACCAACAUUUACAAAGUCAUGCAAUCCCCGCUCAAGUGGCAGACCCGAGUAGUGAGCUGUUUUACCGACGGCACCGGGUUCGCAAUAGGCAGUAUAGAAGGCCGCUGUGCCAUUCAAUAUGUCGAAGAAAAAGAUGCAAGCGCGAACUUCAGCUUCAAGUGUCACCGCGAAACCCCACAGGGUCAACAGAACGUCAGCAACGUCUACUCUGUCAACUCGAUUGCCUUCCACCCACAACACGGUACAUUCAGCACUGCAGGGAGCGACGGAACAUUUCAUUUCUGGGACAAAGACGCGAAGCACCGCCUAAAAGGCUACCCCAGCGUUGGAGGAACCAUAUCCACCUCCACCUUUAACAGAAAUGGAAAUAUCUUCGCAUACGCUGUCAGCUACGACUGGAGUAAAGGAUAUACUGGAAACACGCCCCAGACACAAAAUAAAGUCAUGAUGCACCCUGUCACACCGGAGGAGGUUAAACCACGGGCAACUUCGACAAACGCGCGAAGAAACAGAUGA